UCCUUCUUUUGUCACCUUGACAUAACAUAAAACUGGCUAUUGUCUUACUAUAAGCUCUGGCUUGUGUCAUUGACAUUAUAAAACGUUUAUAUUCAAUCAUUUAUGAGCAAAAGUGUGGACGAGUUGUCGUUUCUUGUCUGACUGCUGGCGGCAAGGGAGCAGCGAAGGAGGCUCGCUUUCAAUUUUGGAACGCUUUCCCGCCGAGAUUUGGGCUUGUGCAGUUGUGCGACUGCCACGUCUCGACUUGCAGCGACGGGACAGGUAGCAUCCAUUAUAGCAUAACGCACAUAAAACAAGACAUUCCACGCAGAGGCAGACGGCACGCAAGCAGUGGGAAUUGUCUUCACGCUCCGCAUUUUGAUGGUGUGGGCGUGUGGCAUCGAACGGAGCCGUUGACAUGUGGAGUAAUCGCUCUUCAUUCUCCAUCAGGUCAUACUAUGGGGUGCCGACAUGUGCUGGCGGUUACACUCGCAACUUCUGCAAUCCUGCUUCUCGCCUUCCGUCUGAGUGACGCUCACGGCCACUCGCACGAUCACCACGGCCACGCCCAUGGCCAUCACGGCCACGCCCACGACCAUCACGGCCACUCGCACGGAGACGACCACGGUCACUCGCACGGCCAGGAGGCAAAGAUGUACCACGGCGCCAGCAAGUGGAGCGCUGAGGCCAACCUGUCGCCGGAGGAGGAGGACCAUGUGCAUCACCACGGGCACGCACACGACCACGGGCACGCACACGACCAUUAUGAUAAUGUUGUUCACCCGGACAAGAGCGAAGAGCCCAGACAUGGAGGGCUGAAGAGUGAUGCAGAGAAGAGGACCAUGGCAGAAUUGUGGAUGCAGGCGAUCGGCGCCACACUGCUCAUCAGUGCCGCGCCUUUCCUCAUCCUCUUCCUCAUCCCAGUGCAGUCCAACAGUGACCAGCACCAGAACCUGCUCAAGGUGCUGCUGAGCUUUGCGUCGGGCGGCCUGCUAGGCGACGCCUUUCUCCACCUCAUACCGCACGCUCUAGAACCGCACUCACACCACAGCGACGAUCAUGGAGGCGACGAUCAUGGAGACUCUCACGACCACGGCCACUCUCACGGCGCUGCCCAUGAUCACAUGAUGUCCGUGGGACUGUGGGUUUUGGGCGGCAUAAUCGCCUUUCUGGUUGUGGAGAAGUUUGUGCGUUUGUUGAAGGGAGGACACUCGCACGGUGCCGUCAAGGAAAAGGACAGCGACGGAGAGGAAGAGAAGAAGAAGGAAAGCAAAGGCAAAAUGGCGGCAAAGAAGAAAGAGAAGAGUGCAGACAUCAAGGUGUCGGGCUACCUCAACCUGGCGGCGGACUUCACUCAUAACUUCACCGAUGGCCUGGCCAUCGGCGCCUCCUUCCUGGUGGGUCCAGCGGUGGGCACCAUCACCACCAUCACCAUCCUGCUGCACGAGGUCCCGCACGAGAUCGGAGACUUCGCUAUCCUGGUCCAGUCCGGCUGCACCAAGAAAAAGGCCAUGUGUCUGCAGCUGGUCACGGCCUUGGGAGCUCUGGCUGGCACCGCCUGCUCGCUGCUGGCGGAAGGGGUGGGCGCCGCGGCGACCGCCUGGAUCCUGCCCUUCACCGCCGGCGGCUUUGUUUACAUCGCCACGGUGACGGUGCUUCCAGAACUGCUGGCGGGGCGCUCCAGUUUCGGCCAGUCUUUGAUGGAGAUUCUGGCCCUGCUGUUCGGAGUGGGCAUGAUGGUUCUAAUUGCAGAGUACGAGUGAGAAAAAAAAAGUUUUAAUUUGUUUCAAUCUUUUUAUCGCAUUGUGGGACAAACAACUUUUUGUUGCCUUUGGCGGCGUCACCUUUAAUUUGUAUGGAAAAACAUCAUGCUCUUUUUUUUUUGUUUGUUUGAUGUGAGGAUUCAACCGGAUGGACACGUCUUGACGGGACUUUUAGCACCUUCUCACGGUCAUAAAUUGUUCUGCAUUUGUGGCUUUUAAAGCACUGAGGAGGCAGAAAUGGACAGAAUUCACACAAUAGGUCAAAAAAGUAGUCAAAGCACCUGAGAUGUGUUCUCACGUGAAGUUUGGCUGUGGCAAGAUGGACCAAAAAUAAAAGUUGAUAACAAACAA